AUGUCGCUCUGCAAGAGGCACCAAAUGAGUUUCUCAGAGGUCAUGUGUGUUCUGGAAGCGUUGCAACACGCCCACGGCGACAAAAAUGGUGUGGCGAUCGAUAGGUUCAGGAAUUUCAUGCAGCGGGCUCUGUACGUUGAGCACGUCAAUGAUGACUUGCUCCAGAGUGCUUAUGAGACCUGUGCAUCGCAGGGUUACAUAAAUGUAGAUGAGUUCCUGAACUGGUGCAAGGCACACAUGUUCUCCGUGGUGGCGGGCUUGACGGCCGACUCGGAUCACACCACGUCCACGCGGCUGGUGCAAACCGUCGCGCAUCGCUGUGGCCUCCGGGUCUCGGAAGUGGACAGGAUAUAUAUGCAUUUCCAGAAGUUCGAUUUAGACAAGUCUGGUGAAAUUGAGUUUGUGGAGUUUGAGGCAAUGAUAAAGUCUCUUAUAGGUGUGAGCCAAACAACAGACCUCCCAAAGGAGCGCCUGCAGCGUUUUUGGAAGGAGAUGGAUACCGAUGGAAAUGGCAUCGUGGAUUUUGGGGAAUUCACGCAGUGGUACAUUAAAUAUUUUCCAACAUCCACGAUGAUGGAGGAUUCCUCUGGAGGUGUUCUGGAAGCGUUCUAUGCGUCGUAUUCACCGGACGUGCAGCGAAGCAACUGCCUCGAUGAGCAGUCCCAGGAGGAGAUCCUCAUGCGCCAAGAAGCAAUUCUGAGCAGGGACGCUUCAUUCAGCAAAAGUCCGUCCAAAGGCCGGACAAAGAAAUAA